AUGGUUCCUCUUUUUAAACAAAUUGCGAAGUCAGUCUCAAGUUCCCACUUUCAGGUUGCUGAACGAGCACUAAGCUAUUGGAACAAUGAUAAUAUAGUUUCUCUUAUUGAAGAAAAUCAUGACACUCUUAUACCAAUAUUAUUCCCAUCCUUCUAUCGUAUUUCACGUGAGCAUUGGAAUCAAACAAUUGUGGCUUUGGUCGGAAAUGUUCUGAAAAUCUUUAUGGAAAUGAAUACAAAUUUGUGCAAUCAGUUAGCUGAAAAACACAAAGUAGAACGUCAAAGGGAACGUAAACGGGAGAAGGAACGUGAAGAAUUAUGGAAGAAACUUGAGCAGCUGAGGAUGUCUGGUUCGGGCGACACACCUGGCCCACCAAAUAUUGAUUCAAAAACUAGCUCUGCAAUUACCAACAAUGCUUUCACUAAUGUCCAUCAACUUGGGGUAAAUGUGACUAAGCGCUAG